CCUGACGACAGACAUCAACCUCGACAUGAGAACUUUCGUUAUUCUCGCUCUUUGCGCAUUGGCAGUGUAUGAAAACAUUGAAUUCACACUUGUGUUAGCCCAAGAGCCUGCCUGCACAUGUAUACCACCAGGCAAUGAUACGGACAUUUGUAUUGGUACGACCGAAAGAAGUUGCCGGGACGAUGGCGGCAGGUGUUUAGUUGACCCAGAUCCGUUUGGUGAUAACAACCCGUGCCCCGAUGGCUUCGAACCUGCAAUAUGGGUUCUCGGAGAUUGUUGCGAUCCACGUUACGAGGAGGCCCAUACGUGUUGUACGCUUGUUGAAGUUACAACGACAAAUGUUUUACAAUAAACAGUACUAAGAAAGGAUAAGAAAACGAAUAAAGAUAAAAUUAAUCUUAAAAAAU